AGUGCCCUCUUGGAGCACACUGGGCAACCCAGUUGACGAGUCACCAUAGCAACAGUGCACCACUGGGACUUCCUUCUCUUUUGCCUGUUUUGCUGAGCAUUUAGUAGCGAGAUAAAUACUCGAACUAUUACCCUGUAAUAUGUAAUUCACUUGAUAGCGAGAAGAGAGAAGAUGUCGGAUAUAUUGUGCAGGUGGCUAAAUGAGGAGCUCCGGCUGUCAAAAGCUGUUGAGCCAAGGACUUUUGCCAAGAAUUUCUCCAAUGGUUACCUCAUUGGGGAGGUUCUGCACAAAUAUCAGCUGCAGAACGACUUCAGUAUGUUUAUGAAGAAAGAAACCUCCAUCUCCAAACUGAAUAAUUUCACCCGUAUUGAGCCUACCCUCCAGUUAUUGGGGAUCUCAUUUGACAUAAACACAGCCCAGGACCUGAUGCAGGAGAAGCAGGGUGUUGCCACACGCCUUCUUUACCAACUCUACGUCUCCCUAGAAAAGAUGAAGAAAGCUGAUAUCAGUGGGACAAUGAUGGAAAUCAUGCAGCCUGCAGCAAGUGCUGGACUGCAUAAAAAGGAGCAUGAGAUCUACUCUGAGGUGGUAAAACGAGAUGCAGAGCUGAAGCUGCAGCACAUUUCCGAGCACUAUGAAGAUAAAUGUCAGCAAUGGAGGGACAGGUCUGUGAUGAUUCAUCCCAUCCAGCAGAGCAGACCACUCAAAGGGCAGGAUGACAAGAGACUGAAGAAUAUAGAAAAGCUGCGGAUGUGUCGACAAAAGCACAAUGGCACCAUGACUUAUAACCAGGCCGCCAUUGUCCAGGUUCCCAGGCCACCUCCCUACACUUCACAGCUCAACCUAAAGAAGAGACAACGUCAGCAACAGCGCAGAGAACAACACGUCCAGACAGUCCAGACUGAAAUAGCCCAGUUUGAGACAAACAGGAAUAAAGCGGUAACUUGUGGUUUCUCUUCCUCUUCCAGUGGGCAGCCCUUCCCUGGAGAUCUCCUUGGUGGCAGCGGUCAUGGCAGUGAGGUCCCUGGGAGUGGAACUAAACUGGUAUUGCAAUCCAACAGCAAAUACAUACAGGAUAUACGUCAGAGGCUGGAGGAGAGUGCUCUUGCUCGUGAGCAGAGAGAGAAAAGACGAGACAGAUUCCUGGUGGAACAGCUAAAGGCCCAUGAAGCUCAAGAGGAGGCACGGCGAGAUGAGCAGUUGGUGAAGCGUCUGACACGUCAGACUCAGCAGGAGCAGCGGUUGGCAACUCAGCUCCUCCAGAUGCAUAUGCAGAAGGAGGUGAUCCGGGAAAACCGCCUGUUCAGAGAGCAGCAGUACCAACAGCGGAAAGAGAGGGACUUCCAGGAAGCUCUGGAGAGGGAGGCGGCUUUGGCUCGGCAGGCUAAGUUGGAGGGCGCUGAAGAGAUCAGAAAGGAGCUUGAGCUCUGUAGCAGGAUGUCCGCAGAGCGAGCUCAGAGCAGAUACAAAAAACACUUUAUGAUCUGCAAGGACAUUGUGGAGCACUUAGUGGACUUGGCCACCAAAGUUGGAGAAUAUCGACUCCUCACUGGGAAUCUGAUUCCAGAGAAGGCAAUGAGAGGGUGGAAGGAACUGCUGCUCAGUGGUCUGCCUCUCUAUGAGUCGAUAAAGGGUCAGCAGCCAGGGUUUGAGUUCUCUACCCCGCUAGACCCUGUAGAGCUUAAGAAGCAGGAGACACUCAAUAACCAGGACUAUGAUGACUACACUAACAUGAUAGGUGAGUGGGCUGAGGAAGAAGGGGAGACCAAAUUACCCCUGAAAAACAACAAUGUUCUUGGACAUGUUGUCCAGCGACUGAAGAACAUUAUGAAUCCAUGCGAUAUGGAACCUUCCUUGCCUUUAUUUCCUCACUUUACCCUCAAGGCUUGUGUCCUGGGCAAGUUUUGCUCUGGGAAGACCAGCUGCCUUACCAAGAUUGCUCAAGCUCAUGGCAUCUAUGUCUUAUGUGCUAACACACUGAUUGAGGAGGCGCUGAGUGCUUACAAGAACGGAGAGGAGGUGUCAGAGCAGCAAGGAGAGAGUGAUAGUGAGCAACAGCACUCAAACUCCACAUUAUUAAAACCUGAUCUUCACAGUCAGGAGGAAAGUAGAGACAGCAGUACAAGAUUGUCUACCCAUGCCGUGCAUGGUGCCGCUGCAAAAGAAGAGCUGAGUAAAGGCAACGCCAUCCCAAAUGAGCUGUUGGUUGAUAUUAUAGCAGAGGCUAUUAGGCAAGUUCCAGCUCAUUCAGGUUGGAUCCUGGAUGGCUUUCCAACAGACAUCAUCCAGGCCCACCUGCUAGAAAAAGCCCUGGGUGGAUCUGUGGAUGGAGGAAAUGAUGAUGUGAGCAGCUGGACAGACCUUGCCACUGAUCCGAAUCCUCCCAAACCUCCACCACCGCCUGCUCCUGUACUGGACCUGGCUCUGCUGCUGGAUAUCCCUGACGAGUGUGUGGUGAGACGUGCAUACAGUCAGACAAAUACAGAAACUGCUGAAACCUCCAGUUCUGACAAAACAAUGUUCGUGGCACAAACUUCGCACAGGAUCAGCACUUUUCAGGAGACCUGGCCAAAACUUGAGAGAUGGUUUGGUGGAAAACAAAACAUUUUGGUGCGUGUUGAAGCAGAUGUUGAUGAGAAGGAGCUUUACAACAGGGUGGAGUCUGCCCUGCAGGAAGUGAUGUUGCAAAAGCAGGAAGCUCGUGUCACACCUCAAGUUGAAGUUAUAACGUUGGACAGUCUGAAUACUCCGGGAUCCCCCUCUUCGGCCACACCUUCACCUGUAGAUAGACAGACAGCCAUCACAGAGAAGGAUCCCAGCCGUUCGGACUCCUGCUCCAGCCUUAAGGAGAAAAAAGCCCAAAGUGUGAAGUCACUUUCCAAAUCCAGCCCAAACUCCCCCAGAGGACCCUCUAGGAAGUCGUCAACCUCUUCUUUGAUCAAGGAGCCACCUCAGUCUGCCUCCCCCCUCCCAGGCGCACCUGCCUGGGUCUAUGUGGAUGAACCCCUCCCUCCAGAAAUCCCAGAAUAUUUGUGCCCCCAUUGGGAUGCAGUGUGUGAUUCUUAUGUGAAGAACAUAAAGACAGUGAUGCAGCAGCUUCGCUCACAGCGCACUGUUAUUGACCAUCACCUAUACAACAUCAGGGAGGAGUUUAAGCAUUAUCUUGGCCGGCCCGACUUGAAGCAGGAGUUGGUGUCUCAGUGGCAGAAGGACUUCAACAGUAUUGCUGAUGAUAUGAGAGAAGAUGAUGAUACCAAAGCAGAACUACAUCUAAGAUUAGAUGAACUGCGUGAACGCUUGUGGGACAUCAGUGACCAGCGUAAAGAGGAGGAUGAACAAGAGAGGGCUGCUCUAGGAGAAGGCUGGCCGGAGGACCACAGUGCUGUCCUCAUCAACAACCACUCUGUACUCAUGCAGGUGGAGUUGGACCGUUUCCAGGACACACUGUGCAUCCUAAGAGUCUACUAUUUGAGCAUGUACAAACAAGUGCUGCCUGAGCUCCCCUCAAACUUUGUCUGUAUCCCCUUGCUGAACAAGGAUCAGGAUGAGAGUUCUGAGCCAGCAGACACUAUUGUGUGUAGUCAAGGGAACGACGGAGAGCUCACGUGGAAAAGUAAAUUUAUUCCCUUCAUCCCAAGCCGUCCUGACUCCACUGGAAAGGUGUCCAAGGCCAAAGGCCAGGGUCAGGCAGAACCUGUCAAGCCACCCCAUGAGAAACUAAUCUCUGAUUAUGAGGAGGCCUUCACAGCCAUCAGUAAACUGGUGGCAGCAGAAGCCCACCAGGGGGAGACAAAAGAGCAGAAGGAGAAACCACCAGCGAAGGAAAAGCCAAAUGCCCCAACUAGUGCAAAGAAAAAGGAAAAUAAGAAGCAAGCAUCCAAAAAAAAAAAAGGCAUGCCCCAUGCAGAGUAUUAAAAACAAUGUAGAUCUAGCAUGUACAGAACUGCUUCAGAAAGUCUAUCUCAUGAAUAUAUUCCUCCUCUUCUUGUUUCAACAGGUUCACCAACCCCACCUCCUGAACCCAGCCCCGAUCCACCUGAAGACUCAGGGAAGA